AUGUCAAGCCAUGCGAUUUCUUUCUCUCUCCGCUACGAAGCUUGUGGAGUUCGAGGACCGGCGGCAAGGGGCGCAGCCCAGAUUGUAGGCGGGAAGACCGCCGGGCAGCUGGAGUUCCCCUGGCAGAUUUCUCUUCACCUCGUCUGGCUCCCGAACCUCGACUUAGGCCACAUCUGCGGAGGAUCCAUCAUCAACAAACAAUUCGUCGACACCGCGGCACACUGCAUCAUGGAUGGCUACAACUCUCCAUCCAAUUACAUCGUUGUGGUAGGAGAAGAAAACCUCGAUGUUAUAGAUCCAUACGAGGAAUGGAUUCCAGUUGUCAAUGAUCGCAGGGAGGGACCGGAUCUCCAACUCUGCAAAAGGUAGAGCUGCCCAUUGUGGACAUUUACACCUGUUUGACAGACUACCUUCACGAUCAUCCAGUUGAUACUUCCACCAUGA